UCCUCCUGCAGGAAAACAACUGCAACGUGAGACAAACCAGACUGUACAAAACAAUAAACUUGAUUAUAUCCCCGAUCUUUUUUUCUUUCUCUCUUCCUAAAUCGUCACCGGGGACCCUCACGGCGUGGAUGGCGACGAUAGCGUGAUCGUGGUUUGUGAAGGCGAUCAACACCUAAUAUUUUGACAUCAUGGAGGAGAGACGUGUUGAGAGCAAAAGUUUGGACUUUUCAUUCCCUGAAACCAAAUCAAAGGAAGUCAUCUGUGAGAUGAGAGUCGGAACAGUAACCGGAGACGAGCACGCCACCGACGCUGGCUUAGAGGAUUCCUCAAAUCCUGCUGAGAAACUCACUGAUGGAAAAGUUGAGGAGAGGAGCUGCGACGGCUCAUGUCUCAGCAGAGAGGACCACAAGGAGAGAACCACUGAAGAACAUCAGCUUCCAGCCAACAGCCCCUCAGUCGUGACUGUAGAGGGCGCUGUUGCAGUCAUGCACAAUGACUCCGCCUCCCCUGCAGAAGAUUCUUAUCCAGCCUGUCAAACUGAAACACAAACCUCAGACUGUAAUGACGAGGAUUGUCACAGAUCAGCGGCUGCUCAUCGUGAACCUGACGUGGAAUUUUUGCCCAUAAGCACGAACGAUGAUAACCAGAGAGAGAAGGUGGUGCCACCUAGUGACAGAGCUCAAUCACAACAGCUUUUCUUGGGGCAACCACCUGAGCAAGCAGACGCCAGCGUGCAAGACCAGAUUCAACCAACGCCACGAGCGAUUCAACAGAGCAAAGAGGAGAAAAUGUUGUAUCACUCAGUUCUUCACGAAAUGCAGCAGCAGCAGAAGCACAGACCUGGACGGAAAUUCAGAAAGAAAACACUCAUGAAAAUGGCCAAACUGUUUGUUGCUGCAAAAGAAUGGGAGUCCAAGAUGGCAGACGCACCAGACGGAACGAGUGUAGAAGGAGGUGAGUCAUCGGCGGCGCAGCAGAACAACACUUCUGUAGCUCCCAAGGAAUCAAACGAUGACUGCAGCUCACAAACUGUAGCUCCACCUUUCUCACUAUCCGCAGACUUUUCUUUAGAGAAAGCUGCAUCAAUGAUUCUUCAGCGAAUGCGCAGAACAUCUUCUCCCAUCAAAAAGCGGGCGGUAAAGUUUCCAGGAGCAACAGAAAUCAGUGACACGCCUAUAAGUUCGGUCGAAGUACCACAAGAUGUUCCACAGCCAGUAACCGAACCAAUUGGGUUUGGAGGCAACGAGCUGCCUACAAACAUACAAGAAGCAACAUCCAGUGUUUGUCUCCAAACAUCUAAAGCACGCAAAAAGCCAACAAAAGUGAAAGUGAAAAAUGGAACUUUACCAAAUCCUUCAUCAGCGGGGGUACAGCCGCCUGUUGGCGAAGGUUUUAUGGCAUCAGAUGUUGCUCACGUGGAUGUAGGAGUCCACAGCGAGGAUCCUUCUGGAAUAAAAAACACCGGAGCAGUCUUGAAAGUAAAAAAGAAAACUGGCCAAACAUCCAGGAAAAGGACAAAAAUUCAAGUUUUACCAGUCGCCCAUCAAGGGGAAAUAAUCAAUGAUGGUCAACAGUGUGACAUCACUGCAGGAGAGGCUGUGCUUACCCAGCAGCCACCUCUGUUUGAGGCUUCAGGCAAAGGAAAGAAGAGAAAGAAAGCGACGCCUUCACUAGCCAACGCAGCAACGAGCGGGAAGCAAUGCCGCCGCUCCAAAUCAAAGCCUCUUAAUGUCCCUGCAGUGGGAUCUGUGGAAGCUGUCGCUACAACUCCUCAGUCCAUCAGCCAGUCAACAGAAUCGACACCUGUGACUUCAUUAGUGUCCACUGACGUGAUGUUGGUUCAAACAGAAAGCCAGCAGGGAGUCUCACAAGACGUGGCAUUAAAAACUAUACCUGAGAAGAACAAAAGGAAACAGGAAAUCACUACUUCUAAACCCAACAGGGGCCAACGUGUUGUCCAGCCUCGUGCCACAGGCGGCGGUUUUGUACACACACAAACUGAAAUAGGCUUCAGCACCGAAGCACCAGAUGGUUUGACUCCAGUGAUCACAAGCUCACAGUUUCAAGACUCUCACAGUCAAGCUGAUAAUGUGCCAUCAACCCCCCAACCAGAGCCCAGUGCCUCAUUCUUUACAAGUACAGCGGACCAGCGUGCACCUGCUGGAUUAUUAGCACAGACACCAGAGCCGACCUGCGAGUCAGUGACACUACCUGUAAAGAAAAAGAGCCGACCACGAAAGAGUCCCGCAAAGAAACCCAAGAAUCCAAAAACAUUAAAUGAUCCCGUCAAAGAGAUUAACGUUUUCAGCCUGCAACAUGACACAAAAUUAGGAGCUGAAACAACGCAGAUGAUUGAUGCUGAAACAGCACCGAAAGGAAAAGGCAAAAGAGCAAGUACAAAGGGAAAAACGACAAAAGCGAAAAAGGUUCAAAUUGGAACCCAGGACAGCACCACAGAAAAUUUGGCAUUAAAAACAGAACCUCAAAAGAAACCCAGGAAAAAGAGAAUCAGUGCUCCCAAACCGAAAUGCAAGUCAGGUUCACAAGUUCAAAAACUCUUGGAGGAUGGCGGUUCUCUGCUGAAACAAAUCAAAGCAGGCUUCAGUGCCGAAGCGUCAGAUGGUUUAACUCCAGCGAUCACAAACUCACAGUUUCAAGAGUCUUACAGCCAAGGUGAUGAUAUACCAUCAACCCAACAACCAGAACCCAGUGCCUCAUUCUGUAUGAGUACAGUGGACCAGCAUGCACCUGCUGGAUUAUUAACACAGACACCAGAACCAACCUGCAAGUUGGUGACACUGCCUGCAAAGAAAAAGAGCCAACCACGAAAGAGUCCCACAAAGAAACCCAAGAAUCCAAAAACAUUAAAUGAUCCCGUCAAAGAGAUCAAUGUGUUAAACCUGCAACAUGACUCAAAAUUAGGAACUGAAACAACACCGAUGAUUGAUGCUGAAACAGCACCGAAAGGAAAAGGCAAAAGAGCAAAUACAAAGGGAAAAACGGCAAAAGCGAAAAAGGUUCAAAGUGGAAACCAGGACAGCACCGCAGAAAAUUUGGCAUUAAAAACAGAACCCCAAAAGAAACCCAGGAAAAAGAAAAUCAGUGCUCCCAAACCGAAAUGUAACUCAGGUCAACAAGUUCAAACGCUCUUGGGAGACGCAUCACUGCAGGCGCAAAUGCAAACAGAUCUCAAUGACAGUUUGACUCCAACGAUCACAAGCUCACAGCCUCCAGACUCACAAAAACAAGCUGAUAACAUUCAAUUAUCUCACCAACCAGAACCCCGGGAUCCACCUCGUCACGACAUCGCUGGAUUAUUAACAAAGGCACCAAAUAUCAAGCCUGAACCGACCUUCAAGUCAGAGACGCCACCUGCAAAGAAAAAGAGGAUUUCAAAAACCAGCCAACCGUGGAAAAGUCCUGCAAAGAGUCCAGUCAUUUUAAAUUCUCUUGUGCAGGAAAACUGUGACUGUGUGAUGUGCAGCAUAAUUAUUCCAGAGACAAAAUUAGGAGAGGAGUCAGAUUUGGCUGGUGAUGCAGGAACAUUGGGGAAGGGAAAAGGGACCAAAGUGAGUCGAAAACGAGGAAUGAGCAAAGCAAAAACAAAGAAAACUCUGAAUCUUGACUUGAACAUAAAGUCUGAAGUGUCGGCUGCAAAUCAAGUGGAUUUUUCUGCAUCAGGCUUAAAAAUGGAGUCAUGUGACAGUUACGCAUCAGUCAUCAAAACACCAAAAACGUACCCACCCAAGAAAAGGAAAACAGCCAAAAAGCAAGCGGACAUUGCAAACAGUCCCACUGUGCUGCCGCCAGAUGGUGAGCCGUUUAAUGCAGGAACAACUGGCGAACCAGUCAGCAGUAACGUAGAACACAGUCUGGAAAACACAGGAGGUGUUGUUCCAGAGACAGUCUGCAAACCAGCAGAGAAAACAAAGAGGAGAAAGAAGCCAAAACUGGAACCUGGCACAGAGAAAAUAAAGCCCAGAAAAGCAGCAGCUGCUAAACAAGUCUUCACAAGUCACGUGAAGGUUCAGGGCGAGAGUGCACAACCUGACAAGGGUUUAGUUAGUCGCUCACAGGUGACCGUACCAACAAAACGCAGGCGCACAAAGAAGGCAAUAGUCAGUGAAGCAGGAGAGCAGAGUAGUAUUCCAGGUAACGUUAUAAAAGUUCAGAAUAUCCUUGGAAAUGUGCAAGAUGCAACAGUUAUCGGAAAUCAAGAGAGGAUGUCGAAUGUAGUGACAGAUGAGCAGCGGAUAUCCGACAGUUCGAAGGGCGUCGUCUCAGCAGGUAAUCCUGAAGAAAUGACUAAAGCAAAACGCAAAAAGAACAUUUCAGCAGUAAGAAAAAGGGAAAAAGUUUCAGGAAUAGCUGAAGAAGUUGGUAAGGUGACUGCUGAGGUCCAAAGUGGCUUUGCAACCACACCAACCAUUGAAAAACAGAAAAAGAAGCGGGGAAGGAAAAGGGCAUCACCAAAUCUGGAAACACUUGGGUCAGAGGAAGGAGUUGAUGAAGCCCAAAUCUCAAAUCUAGCUUCAUCAAAUCAGAAUUUACAUGCCGUAAAAGCAAAAGUUAGGAAGAGAUACAAAAAAGUAAAACUAGAGUUUAGCUCAGUGCAGAAUAAUGUCAGUAACGUCGCAAUUGUAAAUCCUGCGGGCGAUACCGCAGCUUGUGUAGAAAGUCCAGUUAUGGUAACCGGAUCAGUUGCAUUGACUGACCCUGACAAGGCAGAUACAAGUUAUUUAAAGGAGACUCGAACAGAAGAAAGCACACCGGUAAUAGAAAAAGACAUGUUAGCUUCAGCGGCUGACGGUGAGGCAGAAAAAGUGACUACAGUGCGUCGGAGAAAGGUGGUAAAAUCAUACCGAAACAUUCGACAGACGACGAAGAAAAAAGCUCUCAUGCCGAAACAUGCAAAAGCAGAGCAACAAAAGGUGAAAAACGAUGUAGACGAUCUCAUAAGUCACAAAGUGUUUGAAAAAAUUAUGGAAGUACGCAAAAAAGGCAUCAGAAAAGCAUCUAAAAGUUUGACGGUGGAAGACGCUGUUGUUAAAGCUACAACUUUUGAUGCUACGUUUUCCAGAAUGGAUUCAGAUAAAGAUAUUGAUCAAAGUUUGCCGUCAGAAACAAUCCACAAGACGGCGAGUCCACAUCGAAACGCAAUCAGCAUACAACAACAGGACCAAACAGCAGGGGAAUCUUCAGCGAGUCUUCUGACAUAUACGCUUUCAUCUGACUUCUUUGAUUUCAUAGCAGGCGAUAAAAAGAGUCUCAAUAUAAAAGAACGCAUCAAAGCGGUUUCGAAGCUUCGCCAUGAAAAAGCUAAACUGCAGAGACAAUUCCUGUGCUCAUUCUGCAGCCGUGUAUUUCGACACAUUUCAGCAAUCACAGUACACAAACGCAUUCACACAGGCGAGAAACCCUACAGAUGCCUGAGGUGCACCAAGAGGUUCGCUCAACUCUCACAACUCAACACACACCUGAAAAUCCACAGAGAACCUCAAACAGUUUGCUGCCCAUGUUGUGACGGGAAAUUUGAACACAAAGACGAGCUAAUUGCUCAUUUCCAAAUUCAUAUGAAAGAAUCUCAUAGCUCUGCAACAGCAAAAGGUGCAAAAAGUCUGCAGGAGGGCGAUUCUAUGGGCAAGAAACCCUUUAGUUGCCCCACGUGUUCAAAAGAGUUUUCCCACAGAGCCACCUUCAGGAUGCACCGACGGAUCCACGGUGCAGGAAAACUGCACCGCUGCACCGUGUGCAAGAAAAAGUUUUGCAAGUCCUCCAGUCUGAUCACUCAUGAGAAGACCCACUGGCCCGUGAAGCCAUAUGUUUGCUCUGUGUGCAGUGAAAGUUUCAACCACAAGCCCGAGCUUCAAAGUCAUUUUGAAACACACUCAGAGACCACAGAUUUCUCCUGCUCAAAAUGCGACAAAGCCUUCAGGAGCUUUGCAUCUUUACGUGCACAUCAGGUGUCUUCAGCUUGCUCUGGAAACAAAGGCUCCAUUGAUACUGACAGCUUCUUGGUUACGCGGGGCAUUAACGGACAAAUAGCUCAGCCCGUGUAUUUUAAAUGUCCAGCAUGUAAGCAGCUUUUCCGCCACUGGUGCCAGUAUCAUUUACAUUUGCAAACACACACCACUGCGCCGUUGCACUGUUGUGACACGUGUGGCCAACACUACAAACAGGCGUCUGAAAUCAGGAGUCAUUGUGACACUUGUUGCAGAUGUAGUGGAGAGGAGACGGCGUGCAGAUUGUGCAAUUCUGAAAUCUUGGAGGAAUCUGAAACAGGUCAGAGAGAAGCUCCACAGUUGGAGGGGCAGCAGGUUGUUUCAUCCGUGGUGGAAAGAGACAGAGAAGCAGCGGUGUCCGUGCAGUCGCCAUCUCCAUGUCCGUCAGGUAACGAUGGCGGCAGUUUAUCAACAAAUCCUGGUCCAGGUUUGUGCCUGGAAACCACUGGUGGUUCUGGUCAAAUGGUCAGAAGUCGUUCGCAGUUACUAAUUUUCCGGCAUGGUGGCAGAUACCCAUAUUUCAAGAGGUGGAAUACGCUGCGGCUACGUCAGCGUACACACAGACAAAUUGGCAGGCCGUUUUCCUGCACGGAGUGUGACCUGGAGUUUCACUUCCUUGGGUCAUACACCGACCACCUGUGGGACCAUGCAUCGCUGCGGCCGUACGCAUGCCCCUUAUGUCCCAACACCUUUGAAAGUGAGGAAAACCUGAGCAGCCACAUCCGAGAAAGUCACAAUCAGCCAGAAUGUAUGAAAUGCCGAACAUGCGGAAAAGCUUUCUCUAAUGUGAGGAACUUCAAGCAACAUAAAAUGUUGCACAAAGGUGCCAAAUCUCAUUUCUGCCUCCCGUGCGGUGUCUCCUUCUCCAGUAACCUCGCUUUGAAGACUCACCUGAAGACUCACAGGCUGCGUCUCAAAGUCCCACAGCCCGCUGGGUUUGUUGAGCCUUUUUUAUUCCCAUACCCAUGCACAAAAUGCACGGCCAAGUUCACCAGUGCAGAUUUACUACAUGCGCACCAGGUGUGCCACUUUGAAGGCGGCAAAAAGCCAGAACAGCCCCCAGACAGUAUAGUAUCCUGCAUUCCCAACAGAGCUGCAGACACCCCAAAAAUGGUUUCACAGUCGAGUGAACAAAAAUGCAGCAUUCCAUUGUGCAACGACAAACACUUGUUCAGGUACCCACAUCCCGACAGUCUGUAUGUUGUACCUGCUGCAUCUCCGAAACCGCUUACCACUGUUAAAAUCAUAGAAGAGGAGCCUGAAGAGAUUCUCAAUCAAAGCCUACCUGUUACUACCUCUAUCAACAACGUAAGAGCUGACUGUCAUGAAACAAGUGCUGCUAAUUGUCACGAAACAAGUCCAGCUAAUUGUUCAACCAGCCCUCAGUCUGUUUGUACAGCAAUGACUAAUGUUGGACUUAAAAAAAGCAAUGCGAUAAAUCAACUUAAGGAACUUUUGCUCCAUCGAUCUAAAAAAUCCCCAAUUAUGCAGGAUUUAGAUCCAGUGUAUUCAACCAAACCCUUGACAGAAUUGACAAAACCCUCAGCAGAGUUCCCAAAACCCUUGGUGGUGAUGCAACCCUCAGUAGCAUUGACAAAACCCUCAGCAGCAUUGAUGAAGCCCUUGGUAGCACUGUCGAAACCCUCAGCAGAAUUAACAAAACCCUCAGCAGAGUUGACAAAACCCUCAGCAGAGCUGAUGAAACCCUCAGUAGACUUCACAAAAUCCUUAGCAGAGCUGACAAAACCCUCAGCAGAGUUGACAAAGCCCUCAGGAGAGUUGACAAAACGCUUGGUGGUGUCAACACAACCCGCUGUAGCGUUGACGAAACCCUCAGCAGCAUUGAUGACACCCUUGGUAAUGUCCAAACCCUCAGCAGAGUUGCCAAAGCCCUCAGCAGAGUUGACAAAACCCCCAGGAGAGUUGACAAAAUGCUUGGUGGUGUCACCGCAACCCUCUGUAGCAUUGACAAAACCCUUAGCAGCAUUGAUGACACCCUUGAUACUGUCAUCCAAACCCUCAGCAGAGUCAAUGAACCCCUCACCAGGGUUGGGAAAACCCUCAGCAGCAUUGACAAAACCCUCAACAGUAUCACCGAAACCCUCAGAAGCCUUGGCAAAACCUUCAGCAGCACCGACUAUACCCUCAGCAGCAUUGAGGAAACCCUCAGCAGCAUUGAGGAAACCCUCAGCAGCGUUGUCAAACCCCUCAGCAGCCUUGACAAAACCCUCAGCAGCCUUGGGGAAACCCUCAGCAGCAUCAACAAAACCGUCAUUGCAGUUGAGAAAUCCCGCAGCAACCUUGCCGAAACCCUCAGCAGUGUCGGCAAACCCCUCAGCAGCCUUGACAAAACCCCCAGCAGCCUUGGCAAAACCCUCAACAACCUUGGCGAAACCCUCUGCAGUCUUGACAAAACCCUCAUCACGAUUGAUAAAUCCCUUGGCAGCUUUGGUGAAACCCACAGAUGAUGCCCACUCCUGUAUCAUUUGCCAGCAGAAAUUUAAGGAUAUCUCAAAGCUGUAUCAACAUUACAUCAUUCAUGCCAGGGGGACAUGAAUCGCAAGACCAGAGUACAAAGCAUUUUGGUUGUUUGUUUGUUUUGUUUAG